CUUGGAACUGUGACAUGUACUUGCCCAUACGCUAUGCUACCUUGACACAGAUUUGUAGAGUCAUCACUUGUUGACUUUCUCAAUGACUUUUGCCUGACACCUGGGGCCCCGACCUGGGGCCCAAAGGCUAGAGCCAUGGCUUUCCAAACACGGUUUGCUAUUGGCUAUAACGGCUCGCCAGUAGCUUGGGUUGGCCCGGACGAAGUCGCCUGGACAUGCGGAAAUGCAGUGGUGCUGCAUUCAUUAAGCACUAGGGCGCAGCGCGUGCUGAAAGGCAACGGGUUCGGCAUAAGCUGCUUUGCUAUUAAUAAGCGGCACAACCUAAUCGCGAUAGCAGAAAAGGGCUUAAAGCCUGGCAUAUUCAUUUAUUCGAGUAAAAACCUACAAUUACUCGGCAGACUUGCACCUGAUGAACCAGAGGGUCCGCCAGGGCUUCCAGGCCCAACCGACAAGCAGCAGCAGCCCGCUGUCGUGGUCCUGGGCGUCACGGCCAUGGCCUUCUCCAGCGAUGGCGAGCGGCUCGCAGUCUGCGGGGACGAACCCGACUGCUCAAUCAUCGUCUACUCCUGGCGAAAGCAAGAAGCCUUAGGCCGCGCGCGGCUGCCCGCCUCGCAGCCCGCCUCCCAAGUCAGCUUCCACCCGCUAGACGGCACCAUCUUGGCCACCACAGGCGGCGGCGCCACCUCGGUGUGGUACCUGGAGCCGCUGUGGGACCGUGUGGUGUUUCGCAGCCAGCCCACCGCCCCCGGCUGCCUGCCGCCCGGCCACCAAGCCACCGUACACGCAUGGGCGCCCGCCGGGCUGUACGUGGGCACCAGCGGCGGCGCGCUGCUGCUGAUUGACUUGACCACCAUGGCUCCCGUGCUCAUGAGCGGCGGGCAGCCCGGGGAUAACAGCGGCAGCGGGGGCGCGGGCGUGGGAACGUCCUCACAGCUGGGAUCGAUGAUGCUGGGGAUGGGCAUGCAGCAGCAGCAGCAACAGCAGCAGGUGGUGCCGGCGGUGGUGACGGAUACGGUGGGGCCGGGAGCGGGCGUGGCGGCGCUGGCGCUGAACCGGGACCAUGUGGCGGUGGCGGGGACGGACGGCAGCGUGCAUGUGUUCAGUCAGGGGCCGGUGGCGGCGGGCGCGGGGCCGCCGGUGUUCAGCCAUGAGGUGUGGCUGGCACGCGGGGGCUCCAAGGGUGUGCCGGUGACGACGGCGGAGUGCGGCGGGGAUGAGUACGGCACGCUGCUGCUGGGCUGCCCCGACGGCACGGUGUACCGCGCCGCCAUUGCGCCGCACAUGGGUGCGACUGUGGGCGCGCGUGCGGGUUACACUAUGGCCACGUUGACGGUGGACAGUCCCGUGGGUCGUUUGGCGGGCGUGGUGCCGCACCCUGGCGGCGGCGCCUUCCUCACUGCAGGUGCGGACGGCAGUGUGCGGUUGUGGAACGCGGCGGAUGGGCAGCUACUGGCGAGGAGGGUGAUCAGUUCGGCUCAAUGCGCGCUGGCGGCGGCGGGUCCGGGCGCCGGCUUGGCGGCGGUGGGAUCUGAAACCGGCGUGGUCCGGCUGCUCGUGCUACCUCCCGCGCCAACGGUUGGCGACCGCUCCGCCCCCACCUCCACCUCUGGCGUGCCGACGGCUGCGGUUCCCACACAGCAGCUCCGCGUGAUGUACCGCCGGCGCCUGCACACCGCCGCAGUGGAUGCCCUCGCAUUCAGUCCGGACAAUGACCUGCUCAUUAGCGCCGGCCGCGACGGAACGGUGUGGCUGCUGGCCGUCGAUGCGCGCUCCGGAACCUGUCGCGCACUGGGUUUCGUGCCGCUGCCGCACGGCGAGCGCGCGCUGAGCGCCGUCUGGCCGCGUAACGCCAACGUUGACGUCAGCGAGGGCGAGAGCGCGUUGCUCAGCCUUGCUGGCGGCGGCCUCAUGUGCAUCACGGUGUCACCCGAGCUCACAAGCGGCAACUGGCGUAACCCACAUGCGGACAUGGCGCUUGUACGGCCGCCGGUGCCGGUCGCCGCUGGUGCCCGCGCGCUGGGAUCGGAGCGCGAGAGCGGCGACGGCGCGCCCUCAGGCGCUCCGGAACCCGUGGUUGUGAAGCUGCUGAGGCUGGAAGUGCCGCUGCUGGCGGUGACGUCAUCCCCAGCGGACCGCAGCGGGGAGCUGUACGGCCUGGGGGCGGACAAGCACCUGCACAAGCUGACGCCGCCGGUGGAGGCGGCGGCGUGGGCGGGGCUGCGUGCUCGGCCGCACCGCAGCGCAGUACACGUGGCGGCGCAUGCGCGGCCUGGGGGAGGUGUGGCGGUGGCGCCGGCGGGGCAUUUGCUGCUGACCGGCGGUGCCGACGGCAUGAUUGCGCUGCGGAACAUUCACUUGGCGGCGCUGGCGGAUAGCAGCGGGAGCGGCGGCGGCACUGGCGGCGGCGGCGGUCCGUUGCAUGAUGUAACCGCCGGCGGCGUGGCGUCAGUUACGUUUGACGCGGUGGGCAGGUACUUCGCCUCCGCCGGUGCUGACGGUGCGUUGUUUCUGUUUGAGGUCAGUGGCGGCGCGGCGGCGGCGACGCACCUAGUGACGCCGCCGUGGCCGGCGGUGCCGUACAGCGGCAACGUGUCAGCGGGUCGCGACGCCGACGGCGACGACAUUGACGACCCGGCGGAGCCGACUGAGGUUGAGCUGCGUCAGCGGCAAGCGGUGCUGGAUAGCGGUGGCUCGGGCGGCGAGUCGCGGCGCGCGGCGAUGGCGGGUCGGCUUGCGUCGCUGCGGGGUCGCAUUGCCGAGCUGCUGAAGGCGAAUGAGGCGGCUCCGGAGCUGGAGCGGCUUGACCGUUCCGACCUGAUUGUGGAUCUGGGCCUAGUGGAGCGACUCAAGCGAGACAUGGAGGGCCGAGUGGCUGCCGUACAGGCCGCCGUACGGCGGGACAACCUCCGUACAGAUUUGCUGACGGAGCGGGUGCGGCGCAUGGUGUGGGACAGCAUGGCCACCAAGGGGGCGGUCAUCUCGGCGCUGCGGGCGCCAACGCAGGUGCACAACUUCCCGCUCACGCAGCCGGGAUCGCAUGAGCGGGUGCUGCGACAGGUGGCCCUGCUGCGACGAGUGGAGAUGUCGGAACAUGCGGUGCUGGGGGUGGUGCCGUACAACUUCAUGUUCAGGGGUACCGGUCUGGAGGGCUUUGGCGACAACGAUGACGGUUACGAGGGCAACCCCGCGACGGGCGAUGGCUCCAUGGGGCAAACGGCGGCGGCUGCGGCAGCGGCAGCGGCGGUAGCUGCUGCUGCCGCGGCUGCCGCCGCCGCUGCCAACAAUUCCGGCGGCAGUGGCACCGACCCGGACACCCUCAUGUACAGCGACUUUGACCUGCAUUGCAGCACACGCAAGGCAAUGCAGAUGCACCUAAUAAAGCAAAAGAUCCGCGACCUGAAGGCCGCCUUCAACGUCGACUUCAACCGAGUUGCCGCGCAGAAGCGAGCCGACUGCGACCGCAUCGCCGACCUCAACGCGCGGCUGGACGACACGCUGAAGGACCUGCGCAAGCUGGGAGCGGCUCCUCCCCCCGGGCUGCUCGAGGAGCGCUACCAGCUGGGCGUGCAGGACACCCGUGACAACAUACAAGCCGCCGUACUGACGGUUCGCGACGAGGAGGUGGCCGCCGAGCGUUACGUCAGCCCGGAGGAGCGCGCGCGACAGGACGCGGCGCGGCGCGCGGAAGAGGAAGCGGCGCGACGCUCGGCACGCGAUAACGCGGGCGAGCGGGCGUUACGGCAGAUGAUGGGCGGCACGCUGGCGCCCAAGGGCGGGGGUGCGGAUGGUGAGGGGACGCCCUUCACGCUGCCUCCGCCUGCAUGGCUGGUGGCUCUCGGACUGGAUCCGGAAUCGGUGAAUCCAAAACUGGUUACGGAGGAGCAGGCGCGGGAGCUCAAGGAGUGGCAGGCUCGCGAGAAGGCGCUACAGGAAGAGCGCUCCCGCCGCGUGGGCGUCCUAGAACUGGAGCUGCGCACCGCCAAGGCGGCCGUGGAGGAGGUGGUUGGGCGCUUCGAUGAGGCCCUAGCGGCGCUUGCCGUACGGCGACACCGGGUGGCGUCGGAGGUGGCGGCCCUGGAGGCGCGGGUGCUGGCGCUGGCGGCCAGCCUCGCGCGCUGCACCCGGGUUUCGGAGGCGGUGGAACGCAGCCUGCUGGCGAGGCUGGGGGCGGCGAAGGAGGCGCAUGGGCGCGCUUCCACGGAGCUGACGGACCGUCGGACUGCCUUGGCGGAACUGGAGACGCGGCAGGCGCAGGCGGCGGCGGAGGAGCGGCAGCUGGAUCGUAACCUGAAGAAAGAGUUUGCGGAGGCGGAUGUGUGGUUCAACAGGUUGCAGCAGCUGUACCGCGCGCGGCGUCCGGAACAGGUGAUGGGUCCGGGGCCGUCGGUGGGCGGCGUCGGCGGCGGAGCAGGAGGAGGAGGUGGAGCUGGGCCGUCCACGGUGAGUGGCGGCGGAGGAGCGCUGUCGAGUUAUAACUCCGGCGGCGGUGGAGUGGAGAUGAGCGGCAGCAGCUUCCGAGUGUUGCCCGGGACACGGCCCAGUGGUCUCGGAGGCCAGCAGCAGAGCGGGGCGACGGACACGGGAGCCGGAGGGGGCGCGAGGGCCGCCAGCGGCGCCGGAGCAGUGGUUGGGGCCGGCGGCGGCGGCGCCGCUGCCACGGCCGCGGCAGCGAAUGCGCCGCCGCCAACGUACACCCACGCGCCGCCCAGCAUUCCUCCCAUGCUAACCUCCGGCACGCUGGACCCCUUCCCGGACGUGCCAGCGGGCCUGCUCAUCCACCACGAGGGCCGUCCCGCCUCCGCCUUGCCGGCCGCCGCUGCCGGCGGAGGCGGCGGCGCAGUGGCAGCUGCCGGCGCCGUCACCACCGGCGGCGCCGUCGCCCACCAUGCCGCCGCCGGUGGCCAUGCCGCCCAUGGCCACAUGCCGCAUGUGCUGCACGCUCACACCGCCCCCGGCAACGUGCACGGACAUGGCAUGCACGCCCUGGCCAACCGUGCCAGCCAAACAGGCGCGCAGACGACGCCCGGCGUCGGCGUCGGCGGGGGGCAGGGAGGCAGCGGCGGGGGCGCCUCCGCCGCCGCUGCUGCCGCCGCCGGCCCUAGUCAGGGCCUGGGUGCGGCCCUGGAUCCCAGUCUGAAGCCCGAGGGGCUAGAUCAGGGGCUCUGGGAACGCUUUGUAGCGUACCGCGCGGAGCGGUUGGCAGCGGAGGCUGCCGUACGAGCGGCGGCGGUUGACAUUUCCUUGGCGCGACGCGAUCUCCCGGAGCUGGAGGGCCGCGAGUCGGUGCUGGCGUCGGAGAUGGAUGGCCUCAUGUCCGCCAUUACGUCCCUCCGUACGGAACGCCGUACGUCUGCGUACGACAAUGAGAUCCAGCUGCGGCUGCUGGCUGGUCAGGUGGAGGCGGCUCCGCCUGUGCCGGCGUCUGCGGAUAUGUCGGAUGCCCGGCUGCUGGCUCUGUCGGUGGUGGAGGCGCUGAACUCUGUGGUGCUGGGCAAGGGAACAAAGAAGGUUGACAUCCUGACCGCCAUGAAGGACUUCAAGCGCGGCAUCUACGCGGCGCAGUGGGAGGCUGCGGCCGCCGACAUGCAGCUGGACGACCUGCGCGCCAAGAUCCGCGACCUGCAGCUGUUGCACGUCACUCGGGACAUGCAGACCGUGCUCAAGGACGGCGAGGACCGCUCCUCCGCGCUGGAGGCCGCCAGUCUGGAGGCGCUCAUGAAGCAGCGCGAGCGGCUGCACGCCAAGGCACUGGAGGACAAGCGGCGGCGGCUGCGGCGGCUGGCGGCGGACGUGGGCAGCCGCAGCGGUCAGAACCAGGAGGUGGCGGUGCACCUGGUGACGCUGGGCAAGGUGCUGGAGGAGCAGCAGCGGCUGCAGGCGGGCAUGCAGAGCAGCAGCGAGCAGGCGGCAAGGCGCAUGCGGAGCCUGGUGACGCACAAGAAGCUCAAGGAGAUCGCGGUGGCGCAGCAGACAGAACUGGCGGAGUUGCGGGGGCAGGCGGAGAAGCUGCGGCUGCGCACGUAUCCCACGUUUGUAGAGAUGGCGACGGUGGCGGGAAUGCCGUCGCUGCCGCGGCGGCUACCGCCGGAUAUAAAGCUGCCGAAUAGCGCGCCGGCUAGCGGGAGCGGAGGAUACGGUUCGAUUCCAAGCGGUCCUCCAUUGCGAUUGUGACAUGCCGGUCGGGAGCAAGGUUUGCUGUUGUAGCUUUUAUGGCAUGCCAUGUGCGAACGGGCUGGAGGUAGUUGAAGGACUAAUGGGUUUGGGGGUUGUGUCGGUCGCGUAUGGGGACCUACAGAGGCGAGCGAGAUUACCGGUACAAGCUAUCGCCUGCAGUUUGUUUCAUGCCAGGGCUGGCACGCACAGACAAGCGGUUGUACUGCCUGAUUAUUUUGAUGUUAUCAAGGAGGUUUCAGGAUAGGUGGAUAGCAACUCGCAUGUCCGGAGCUGUAACCGUUUUCAGGUUUUAGUGUGUACGGCAGUCGUACCCAUCGUCUAUCGGCCGGGCCCCGGCUACUUGGCCUGCUUUUACCCUUUAAGCGGAUUACAAGGACUUCAGCGCCAGCGCGGUAUCGGCCUACGUGGCUGUCCCUUGCCCGCCCAAGGCUCUGACUUGUAAGAUGGAAUUGGAGGAGCGCGUUUGAAUUUUUCUCAUAGUCUAGGCGCACCACCUGCACAUCUACCUUCUUGCAAGCCUGUUGUCAAGUACUACGCGGCACAGUGCUAUUGAAGCUAGGAUAUGGGCCCUCCCGCCGAAUUCCCUGACAUGACAUCGUUCCGUCAGGCUUCUUCAGGGCUGCAGUGGAUGGACGCCAUUGUACCAUAUUUUCAAGGACCGCUCACAAUCAUCUUGCUCAGUUUGGUUUUACUAGGCGCGCUUAUUUCACGUUUUCGACAAUUCAAAAGGAAGAUCAGCAGCACCGGCACCGCUGACAGCAUUGCCAUGAGCGACAGCCCAAGUCGAACGGUCGAAGCUAUGACCCCUGUCCAGGCCUACGCCUGCUUUCCUUUGAGCUUUGAUUACGAAGCCACUUCUGAGCGCCCCACGCCUCCGGACCAGGUCUUGCUGAGUGGCGCUGGUCCGACGCCGUCCACUCCCCCACCAGCCCACCCGCCCUCUUCCUGCAUUCCAGCACGCAGCACCUCCCCUCCUCCGGCGCCAUGUCGCAUGCCUGCGCGCAACCUGGCAGCCUCCCUGCUCGCAGCAGCUGAGGCGCCCGACGCAACCGACGGCUACCGCUGCAGCCGCAUUUCAGCGCUAGCUUGCCCCUCAGAAUCCCUGCCGCCCGCCAUGCAGUGCAACAACAAGGACCCCAGCUUUGGUUGGAUCCAGGACUGGCCUCAGGGGGAGCCUCAGGACGUGCUCGACCUGCGUUGCUCUGAGCUCGCUGCGUCUCCUGCGUUCAGCUUGGAUGAGGACUUUGACGAGCUUGUGGCAGGAGCUAAGCAGUACACGCGGUUCUCACCCUUGCACGCGCACACGGCCAUUAGUUCUCCCUCCGGGCCCGUGUUUUGGAGGGCAGAGGCGGCGCCCCUGCACUUUGGGCCUGAGGAGGAUACUGAGGGCGAGCUGGCGGGAGAGAAGAUCGGCGCCGUGGCGGUGGUGGGUGUUGCUGCGGAUGUCAAGGGCGCUAUGCAUGCGGGAGAUAACGCUGGCACCGUCAAGGAGAUGCCGUCCCCAAGCACGCCUCCAGCUCCUGGCAUGCCCGUCCGAGGCGACACUCCCGAGCAGCAGGUCCCGGCCUUGGGUGCGGACGCGCGCUUGCCGUCCGAGCAGCCCACGGCGCCGCGGCAUCCAGUGCAGCCCCGCAUGCGCCUGCGUGUCUCCCCGGCCGGCUGCCGCGUCUUCACGACUCCCCGGAAACGUGUGACCGCGGCUUCUGUGGCGCAUAGCACCAAGUCACCAGGUCCCGCCCUCGCCACGCCUCGACAGCAGCGGCCCAGCGUGUCAACCGGCGCAACUGCAACAGGUGUGCAGGUCAGCGGCAGCGCCGUCACGCCUGCUGUUACCGUCGAGGCUGUCAUGAACUCAACUCCCGGCUCUGGCAUCCAAUCUGGCCGCCAGCAGAAGGUUCUGACGACUGCCAACGCCGCCGGUUACAGCCCUAGCGCUGCUGCCAAGAUGGGUAUCAUCUCAACACCCAAGGAUGAAGCUGGGCAUGGCGCCACCAUUGGAGCUGUAACCACGGGGCACGCGGCGGCUGCGACUACGCAGAAGAAGACCUGGGACAGCCCCGUUAGUGCUGGGGUUGCCGGCGGCAGCGGCAACAUCGCCACGCCUCGGUACGCUGCCCCCACAGCUGCCUCCAUGGCCCGUCAGACGCGUCUCAGUCAGGCCUCCCGCUCCAUCCACACCUCCAGCGGCGACAGCGGGCUGCUGCUGUCCUCCUCGUCCUCCUCGCUGCUGCUGUCCGGCCUGCAGGGGAAGCUACGUCGCCACGGCAGCAUGCAGCUGAGCGGUGCCGAGGGGGCAGCAGCCUCGCCCGGUGCGGCGUCCCUGCGUGCGGGUGUGGGUGCGGCGGGGGAUGCGAUGGUGGCUCCGGGAGCCCUGUCUGGGGCGCGCAAGCGGGUUGUUGUGAAGCAGGUUUCGGAGACGCCCAAGUCCGGCUCGGUCUGGGGCUACAGCAGGGGAUAGUGGCGAGGGUAUGUGCGGGCGUGUGCAACUGUACAGCCACAUGGUGUGAUCAUUAGCUCUUGGUUUUAUUCUUGGGUGGUUGAGGGUGUCUUUUGGGGGGUUCUAGCUUUUAUCGGGAUUCAUGCAUGCCAUGUUGGGUCUUUACUUGCAGGGCUUUGGAUAUGACUUCACGAGCAGGGUGAUUACCGGUAGAAGGCGCACUUGGCAGGUGGUUUCGUUGCGGAGUCUGGUCUAGUCGAAUCAAUGCAGCCGUCCGGUUGGUUAAAGUUGUGUGUCGUACGCUUUGCAUGUGGCCCCGCGCCUCCUACCUGUGAGUUACGGGGUGUUGGAGAAGCAGAAGUGGAGGCAGAGAGUCCGGAAGCUGCAUGGUUGUAAUUGCAAAGGCGCAGGAGGGUCCGUCGUCGUAUGUGCAGCGGAGAUUGGCGAGUGGGGUCCUGUCCGGCCCCGGUUGCGGGUGGGCGACAUUCAUCAUGGCCUGCGGAGGGCUUUUGUGGCUUGGUUUGGCAGGUUUGCGUGUUUGGAGGCUUGGCAGAUUGUAGGGACGGAUCCCCUUGUUGUAAGGAGGGGUCGUCCCAAGGCUAGGGAGGUGUUGCUAGUCUACGUAGGCCAACCAGUUGGCAGUUGAUUGGGCUGGGUUCUCUAUUGUUCACAUGUUGGGUUGAAGUGCGCUCUUGCAGUCAUGUUAGUUGCCAGUUGGGGCCUAUAUUAGGUUGGGCGCGCAGUCACUGUUCGUAACACGCCUUAAGGAUGGCGUUUGUAGGAUUAUGGUGUAGGGAAACAGUACGUUAUAGGCCAGAGCGGGCGCCCUUAUUGGUGAUUACGUAAUGUGGUAUUGUAGCAAGGUAGCGUAGCAUGCUAGCAGCCUAGUACGGUAGGAUGUGCCGUGCAUCGCUGCUUCAGAUGUUCAGCAGGAAACCCCCAGGACUAGUACCGGUAUAUUUCACAACUGUACCAUUAACAGUGUGCUUGGUCCCUUGUUAUCAAUACACGUGAGACCAGGGGGUCCUGGACCUUACCAGUCAGCAUCCCUCAGUCAACUCCCCCCACGCUUUCUCUUUGCUGUAACAACCCAGCCCCU